UCCCUGUGCCGAGGUGCGAUGCGCUGCUGCUCGCCUCCGGGUUCGUGUCAGCGGGCUUGUGCUCUCUGUAGCUGUGAGGGCUAAAAAUUAACCGUAAUUGCCUCAUUCGUGGAGAGAAGGCCUUGAGUCAUCGCUCGUUAGCGAUUUGGUGAGGAAGAAAACGAGCUUUGUGCAGCUCGCUCGUGGCUGAGGAAAGCAGCAUCCCGGGAGGUGGCCGUGGAGGGGCUGGAGGAGCGCGGAGAUGUGGCACUGAGGGACGGGGGGUGGGCUGUGGUUGGACUUGGUGAGCUCAGAGGUCUUUCCCGGCCUUCGUGAUCCUGUGAUCUCUCCUCACAGUUCACGGUGGGUUUUGAAAGGUUUUUAUUCAAGUCCCAUCUUGAUUUGAAAGCAGUCGGCUUGGCCGGUGACAGCACAUCUCCUCAACCCCAAGGCGCAGCUCUUCUCAAAUCAUCUCUGCUGCCGCUGUGCGCAGCGCCCAAAUUUCCUGACAAGGGAGAUGUUGGUCUCCCAAGUUUGACAUUUUCCAUCCAGCGCCCAAACGUGACUGUUCUGCCCACUGAUACACCCAGCCUGACCUCCACCCAGAGCCCUGAGUGCUGGCGGGGGUUCCUGCUGCACUCCGUGGUGGCUGUCACCCACCUCACAGGGGGGAAGAGACGUUUUCUGAGAUAAGCCCAAGUCACAGCUGCUGAUGCUUUAAAUUGUAUUAAAAAUAGAUAAGCGUCUUCAGCACGCUCUCUGCAAAGAGCAGCGCUCAGCAGGAGAUCCCACUUAUCCUCCAGGUGAGGAGCGUGCAGUGCGGUGCCAGGAAACACAAAGGCUGAGGCUGCCGUGUAAGCUCGUUAUCCUCUGCCUCCGUGGUCAGCGUCCAGUCUUCUGAGCAGAGAGAUUACGCCUCACCAGCAUCUAAUUCAGACUGCCCCCUAAACAUGUCACAAAUCGCUGCUCCCUGGGUACGGAGACAGCAACGUGUCCCUGCUGUGGGAGCAAGCGCACAAGCGGUGUUUGGGGCUCCCCGGGGAGCAGCUGACUUCUGACCCCGGCCAUACACAGCCCCCAUCAGCAGGCAGCGUCUGACUUUUCUUUUUAUUUUUCUUUCUGCGCUUUCCAAGCUGAUUUCCUGAGAACUCGUGGGAUUCCCCCGUGUGCUGGGCCUGCCCACGGCCCUGCAGGCCUGACUGGGCCCACGCGUCCCAGCCCUGCACUCCCCGUGUAGUGUGUGCCAGCCAAGGUCCUACAAGAGUCUGUUUGCCUUGAUUAAGAGAAUGCUUUGGAUUUCAUCGCUCUAGAAACCGGUGGCUGGGAAGAUUAUGCGAUUACAGGGCCCCGGUCCUGUAAACAUUUGCACAUACUUGACGUGAUUUCAGCUGUGUGUUUCUAAUGGUAUAAGUGAAACGGCUGAUGUGAGUAAGGCCCUGCGCAUUUAAAUGCCUGCAGGGUUGGGGCCGGAGAUACCGGCUACAUACGAGAGGAAAUGACUUGACUUGGAUUAUCUGCACUUCCAUUUUUCUAUUUUAAUGACUGUCCACGCAAUACAAACACGGAGCAGGCGGUGGGGAAAGAUCAGUGUGAUAAGACUCAGUAUUUCCUUGGCUCUGCGGUUUGGGGUGGGACGUCAUGUAUUAGUUAGCUAAUACUGCAGCUGUAUCCUCCAACACAACACGACGACAAAACCUGACAUCCUUGAUUCUGUUAGGGACAGCCCUAUUCUUCUAUGCUACCUUUGUUCUUCUUUUUCCUUCUAAAGGCAAAGGGGGCAAAAAGUUUUGAGACGUUACAACCUCAGCAUAAAAAAGGAAAACACCAGCACACCAGCCCCAUUUCCUCCCCGGUGCAUGUUACCAUUAACGUUACAGUAGGGCCGUACACCUGCAACUCAGACAGCCAUGGAGAAGAGUGGGAACAUUCAGCUGGAGAUUCCUGACUUCAGUAACUCUGUCCUGAGCCACCUGAAUCAGCUGCGCAUGCAGGGUCGUCUGUGUGACAUCGUGGUCAACGUGCAGGGGCAAGCUUUCCGCGCUCACAAGGUGGUGCUGGCUGCCAGCUCGCCCUACUUCCGUGACCACAUGUCCUUGAACGAAAUGAGCACGGUUUCCAUUUCUGUCAUCAAGAACCCGUCUGUUUUUGAGCAGCUCCUUUCUUUUUGCUACACCGGUCGGAUAUGUCUGCAGCUGGCUGACAUCAUAAGUUACCUAACGGCUGCCAGUUUCUUGCAGAUGCAGCACAUCAUAGACAAAUGCACGCAGAUUCUCGAGGGAAUUCAUUUCAAAAUCAACGUGGCGGAGGUGGAAGCAGAAUUGAGCCAGACCAGGACGAAACAUCAGGAGAGACCCCCGGAGUCACACCGGGUGACGCCAAAUCUGAACCGUUCCAUGAGCCCCCGUCACAACACCCUGAAAGGGAGCCGCCUGGGCCAGGUUAGCACAGUGCUGGACAUUCGGGAGCUCAGCCCACCGGCAGAAUCCACCAGCCCUCAGAUAAUCGAGCAGAGCUCGGACGUGGAAAGCAGGGAACCCAUCCUGCGGAUUAACAGAGCGGGACAGUGGUAUGUUGAGACAGGAGUGGGAGACCGCGGGGGACGGAACGACGAUGACGUCCGGGUGCUGGGAGGAGUGCGCAUUAAAACGGAGAACCUGGAGGAGUGGCUGGGGACAGAGAAUCAGCCGUCAGGAGAAGAUGGCAGCAGUGCUGAGGAGGUCACUGCUAUGGUCAUUGACACCACGGGCCAUGGAUCAAUAAGCCAAGAGACUUACACAUUAGGGUCCUCCGGGGCCAAAGUGGUGAGGCCGACCAGCAGUGAGAUUGACAGAUUUAGCCCUUCUGGCAGCAUGGUUGCAGUGACUGAGCGGUACAGAUCAAAAAGCGAGUCUCCCGGGCGGAUGGAUGAGCCCAAGCAGCCCAGUUCCCAGGGGGAGGAAUCUGCCAUGAUCGGAGUGAGCGGUUACGUGGAAUAUCUCCGGGAGCAGGAAGUGUCAGAGCGCUGGUUCCGGUACAACCCACGGCUCACCUGCAUUUACUGUGCCAAAUCCUUCAACCAGAAGGGCAGCCUGGACCGGCACAUGCGUCUGCACAUGGGCAUCACACCUUUUGUCUGCCGCAUGUGCGGGAAGAAGUACACCCGCAAGGAUCAGCUGGAGUAUCACAUCCGCAAGCACACGGGCAACAAGCCUUUUCAUUGCCACGUCUGCGGCAAGAGCUUCCCUUUCCAGGCCAUCCUCAACCAGCACUUUCGCAAGAACCACCCGGGCUGUGUGCCUCUGGAGGGGCCUCACAGCAUUUCCCCCGAGACCACGGUCACGUCCCGGGGGCAGGCGGAGGAGGAGUCCCCCCCGCAGGAGGAAGCUGUCGCUGUGGGGGAGACGGCACAGGGAUCUGUGUCCACUACUGGGCCGGAUUGAAGCGCGGCUGUGGAGUCUGGGGAGAAAGGACCGUCUUCCCACUCGGGCUCUGGAGUCAGCACCAACCUCACAGGCUGGUACUGUAAUUAGUGCAAUGCCACCACCGGACAGAAAGAAGCUCCCAAGAUGUUGCCAAAACAGAAAAAUCUCUCUCUCUCUCUCUCUCUUUCUCUCACACACACCACCCACACACACACACACACACACUUAGAGUGUUAAACGUUUUUCCCCUGUAUUCCUCCUGGGGAGAAAGAAGACAACUGUGUCAAUCAUCUUCUUAUUCAGGGAUCGACAGGAUUUUAAAUUUUUGUAAUGUUUAAUAGUGAUCCAGGACAACAGUCACUUUUAUUUCUCAGCAGCAUCGUGGCCCAGCAGGUGAGCCAGGCUGCUCCUCGCCAUAGCCAACGGCGAGGGGAGAGCAGGGCGAGGGGCAGUCGCCCUUCUCCCUUUCCCAGGUAGCUGCCACGUUAAAGAAAUCAGACUGUCCUGGUGGAACCUGCCUUGCCUCACUGUAUUUAUCCCUGUCUUAUUUUUGGUGUGUCUCUUUUUACAUUUCUACUCCAACUAUUAUUUUAGGGCUUUUGGCUUGCCCGUCCCAGGUGCGUGGCCUCCAGCCCCUUGUUAAGAGAGGGCACGGCCGUAAAGCAGUAUUCGUUCUAGAGGUCAGCAAAAUUGGAAGCGCUUCGGCUACUGGAAGUGAGAUUUAGCAGCUGUGAGGUCUGCAUUACUCUUAGUUUGUUGGAAGAAGGUUUGGAGGGGUCUUUUGGGGAGAGGCGUCUUUUGAUCAGGACAGGUCAGGGCGCUCUGACUUCAGACCGGUGCACUGCCGUGCUUUGGCUGUCGCCAGGCUUUGCCAGGCUUUAGGAAGAGGUUUGUGGACUGGCUGAGCAGAGGAGUUAGAGGCUGGCUACCAAAGUCGUCCUUCACCCCAGCUCUCCCUUGACACGCACUUGAUAUUUUAUAACAGCAAUAUGGUUUACUGAGAUACUAUAAUCCCAGCCAAGCAAUCAUGGGUGGUUGCUUUUAAACUUGUUUCUACAAACUAAUUUGAUAAGUUUUUUAUCGACGAAACGCAAAAAGAAAACCUUACUUUUUUUCCUUCUAAGGGUUUGGGAAUCUUCAUGGUUCCUAGAGCAAUCGCAACUCUGUUCCCUUGCAUGGACUUCAAGUUCUAAGCAGUUCUGAUGUUUAGAGCAAGUUUAGCAAACCCAGAGAGACACGCCUGCAUUGCGUAUUGUAGGUGUUUGCACGUGCUUACGUGUUUCAUAAAUGGAAAAGCAUGGGACAGGUAGAGAAGUGCAAAUAUCUGACAUCUUUUGAAGAAGUCUUCUUUUUAAAAAUAUGCAAUACUUUUAGAUUUUUCUUUGGUUCCGGUGCCGAAUUGUUCACGAUGGAGGGGGAAAUGAGCGACAUGUUGCGCAGAUUGGGUUUGGAAGAGGACGUUUGUUUGAAGGGAUUCUCUGGAGGAUGUUUAAUGUGUAUAAUAAGGAAGGAUGAGGUUCUGAUCCUUAAGAUGAUGGGAGGAACAAUGAGACAUUGAAAAAGUAACAUUCCAUCCUGCUUUCACAAAGGAAGCCGGGCAAGCGGUUACAGCGUGGGCUUGGCAGGCGGCAGGCUUCCUAAGUGAAACUGCAGCUUGUCCUGCCGUCCUGCUGUCUGACUGCACCCUGGUGGGCACGGGAAACACCCCCUGCCCUGCUCUCCCCAGUCCAGAUUGGGACUCGUGAUCAUUUUCCUACCUCCUUAAAGGCAAGAGUUUGGGGAAGAGGGAAGUACUCUUACCUCGCUUCUGCUUUGUGCAGGUGAGAGGUCUCACUGUUCCUCCCACGUCUCUCAGAAGGCAGAAGUGGCUCUAAUGAAUGCUUUUUUGCGUGCGGGGGAGGGAAGGGCUUGGUGUUCAUCAGCACUCCUAGGGAUGUGCUCCUCAGAGGAACCUCGUCCAGUGUUCCGAGCAGGGAGCCUGCAGAGUACAAGUUCACUGAGCAUUUUGGACAGGAAAACUGAUAUCUCGCCUCCAUUUUCCUUCCUCUCCUUCUUCCUCUCUUGUCAAGUGCAUCAUCACGUGGGGAAUGACUCUCUGAGCAGCCACCCCAUUCAGUUUCCUAUCAGAGGUCAAGCAGUACGGUCGCCGGAGAGCAGUGACAACAGAUGAGAGCUCAGAGGGUGGCUGAGGCAGGUUGUGUUGCAAUCGAGGUGUGGGAGGAGUGGAGAUAUGCAGAGUAUGCUGCUUUAGUCAUAGCUUUUGAAGUUACCAAAAAUCAUUAAGAAAAAAAGUUACAAACUUUGAAAUGCUAUCCUGUUCACACUAGAGAGCGUCAGAAGUUACUUUAGUUGCUUAAAAGAUUUUUAAGUGUUUUAAAAUAGAACUUUUAAAAGAAUACUACCAAACUAUAAAAACAUAAAAUUAUUUAUAUACAUAUAUUAUAUAUAAAUAUAGUGGGAAAGUUUCCCUGCUAAGCUUGCUGUGAAGAGAGGGGUGAAGGUGCAGUAACUGCUAUACAAGCAGCAUUGGUCUGAACAGGUGGCAACCAAUCCGUCAGUGCGUAGCGAUGGAGAUGAGCUGGUGAAUGCCUUACUUGUAUGGCAUAGCUGUGAGUUUCUCAAGCAGAUUUUUGGGCUUUUUUUUUUACUGUAUUGAUACUGUGAAUGGAGGAGCAUCCAACAGCCCAGGGUGGAAUCCUGUUGGGCUGAUUCGCUACUUCUGAUUGGCCUGGUGAAAAUCAUUACCUUGUUCCUUCAUAUUGUUCUAGGCUAGUCUGAAAACAAAGCUUGUGAAAGGUCUUUAUUUUUUCCUCUGGGUUUUUGUUUUUUGUUUCGUUUUGUUUUGUUUUGUUUUAGUGCCGAGGUUGCCACUGUAUAAAUGAUCAUUUCUGAUUGCAUGCAAAAGAGCCAAUAUUCUUGCCCAGGCCUCACCGAGGUGAAGUUUAUAGCUUGUAGCUAGAGUCAGUAUAAGGUAUGGUAGUGGGAAUCAUUUUAAUAUUAUUUCUGUACAUUUAGUGGACGUGUAUAUGUACGUAUGUGUGGAAAUCGUGGUGCCUCUGACAUUUUCUCGAGCAGUGCUGAAAGCAGUCGAGGCCCAUCUGCACCAGGAGAGGGAAUCGGUUCGGAGGGAAUUGUUCACCUAACUUUUCUUUUGGCCAUUGAUUCCUCAGUGCAGACAGGGCUGCGAUUGGAGAGUGAAGGGUUGGAGGUCGCGUGCAGUGUGGCCAAACCCGGGCUGAGCUCCCCAGCUUGGCAGAGCUGCUCGGUGUGGUGCCGGCGUCCUUGGUUGCGCCGAGCUCUUUGCGGUCGCACCGAAGCUGUGGAGGCACGGACGCCGGCCUUCCGAGUACGAAUGCUUCUGUGACGGGUUGAGGCACAGCUUUGCGUUUCCACGUCUAGCUGCAGCUUUUUCCCCUUUGCCAAAACUGUGAUUUCAACUGUGAUUCAAGGAGGAUGUGAAGCGAAGUGUCGUCGUGAUACCUCUGUAACUUAACAUUUCUGCCAGCUUCGGUUGGGGCUCACUCACCCGUUUGUUUGCUUGCCUCAGGAGGCAGGGGGGACGUCCUCUAUUUCUGCAGGCUUCUGUGUCAGAGGGAGAACACAUUUCUUAGCUCUUUUAGUUUCUUUUAGUUUCUUUGCCAUGGCAAAGAAACCUUCCUCAUGCCAAGUGUAACGCUUCUCUCCAGCAGCCUGCAGAAAGCCCUGGGUGACAGCAGAGCGAAGCGCUUGGACGGUCCCCGCUGCCGCCAGCUUCCCUGUGAAUAGCUGUGAAAAUAAUGAGAAUUGUGUCAGUACUGUGCUGCUGCUUUGAGAAAAGCCGAGCCUUCCUCUGGGGAGGAAUGGCUGGGAGAGAGACGAGCGAAAUGUCUUGCUGUUCUCCUGCAGCAGGAGCUUGGGACAGCAAGCUGGGUUGCUUCGUUCCAGCAGCUGGCGAGGGAUGAGCAAAGAGGGCUCAUGAAAUGGGAAUUCAUCACAGCAGGGUGACAGCACGCUUAGAGACACAGAAUGAGAGCCAGUGCUGGGGCAGGUCGGUGGGGCAGGCCCCAGCUCUCAUCCUGCACUGAGCUGUAACCACAGCCAGAAAUUUGGGGUCUUCCGUGGAGCUGUUACUGCUCUGAAAUGAUCUGAGGAGUCCUGCCAUCUCUCGCCAGCCGCCUCGGUUUUGUUGCUGAAAAGCUCUCUUCUGUGAAAUAUAGGGAAAAUCAGAGGGUGUAGGAGUGCCUGAACUGCAGUGAUUGGAGGAGAGGAAGGCCUGGCAGCAUCUUAUUUCUGAGCGUAGGAUUGAUUGGGUUAGUUUCAUUGUGCAAAUUGUGAGCGCUGCCAUUGCAAGGAUGGAGGCUGUGAUGGAAGCAGGGCUGGGCUGCGUGCUGGUCCCAAACAGGUACUGGAGGUCUUCCUGCUGAUCUGAAGGUACCAGAGCUCUGUCUGCUGGGGAACUGCCACGUGGUUCCUACCAUUUCUUUGUGUCUGAUCCGACCAUAGCUUUUUUUUUAGGUUGAACUAAAAGAUAUCCAACUGUAAUCUUCACUGACCUGUUUGACUUUUUAUUCCUAGGGACUGUAGAAAAUUCAGGUUUCAUCUAACAUUAUCCUCAUCCCAACUGUGAACACGUUACUACUGCUUCUUAUAAUUUAUUACCUUUCCGUUCCUGAACGUCUGUGCGAUCCGGCUGUUUACCAGUGCCACCUUCCAGUGCUCCAUUAGUUUUCAUGCACAGGGAAUUGUUGCAAUGGAUAAGCUGACCAUGCUAGUUGGAAGAGUAGAAGCCUUUGCAGAGUGACUUUUGCUUCCUCUAGCUGUCAUUAGGGAAUGCACACACACAUACUGUAUAUACAUAUAUAUGUAUACAUAUAUAAAGUGUUUCAAUAUAAGCUCAUUUAGCAUUAUUCUUAUUUAAUUUAUAUUUUAAUCCAGUUGUAAACCAAAGUAUUACAGCUUAUGAAAUGAUGUGUCUUGGUAAAGGAGGAACCAUUUGAGGUGGGAGUUCCAAAAGAUCUGUAUUGACAAAAAUACGGAUACAAGUAAGGUGUAAGAGUUUGCUCUGGUGAAUCUUAGGGAUGUGGAACCUUGGGCAGGUUUAAGAUUUGCUGGAUAAGGUUUGAUUGAGGGGAGGCAGUGUGAGUUACUGUUUAAUGCUCUGUUUUUUUUCUCACCCAGUCUGACUUGGUGUUGGAGGAGCCGCUUCAGGAACUGGCAGCUGGCACUUCAGCUACCUUUGCUGGACGAAGCAGGACUUCCCUGCAGGGGAACUGAGGCGUGGGUUUGCUGCCCUCCCUUCUUGUUGCAGGACUGGGAGGAGUUUUUGUUGAGACAGGCUGUCUCCCUGCUGGCCGUGGCUCUGCCUCCAUCCUCCCCCAGCCUGCUGUUCCUGGCUGCGGUGGGUCAGGGCUGGGAGGUUUGCACUGAGGUGGAGGGGAGCUGCAGCCAGGCGCAGUGCUGCAGGGCUCUGGCUGACAUGUGCUGUCACAGCAAUUACAGCCAUCCCUGAUGGUCUUCAGGGCCUUCUGAAGGCCUCUGAACAGCCCUGAGGUACAGAGAAAUGGUUUUGUUAAACAGAAUCGAGGCUUAAAACUUGCCAUGUUCUUCAUGGCACUUAGCUGUUUCAUGGAAAACAAGUGUGUUCUGGCAAGCCCAGAAAUAAAAAGAGGGAAGGCAGCAAAUCAGAAUGUAGUCUGGCACAACCAGGAGCAAGAGAAGGGCCACACAGAGCUGCCAGUGUGUUCAGUGGCCAAUGUAGUGCCGUAGCAGACAGGCACUCGCUGCUGACUGAUGUUGAGAGGCGCGUUUGUUUUUCAGUAACCUCUAUGGAGGGGCACAUUCUGCUGUCACCGAUGGAAGUAGGGUCAGAGAUAAGAUCUUGCUAAUCGUUCUGCACGGGACAGUAAUUGCCUAUCCAAGGAAGGCACAAAUGCUGCAGCCAGCUCUACCACAAAGUUUCCUGCCGGCUUGGCAGCGGCCGUGCCUCCUCUCAGAGCCUCUUUUUGUAGCAGGCUGCCCUGCGUCCCUGCACCGAGCAGCAAUGAGCUGCUCGCCCGCUGCUGCUGAUUGAAUAGGUUCCCUUCAUACUCUCCUGCAGGAUUGGUGCGUGCUCACAGCUCGGGGUGUACACACAGUACCAUUUUUAGCUCCUGAGUUCAGAUCUGGCAAAUAUAAAAAGCCUGUAAGCUAAUCUAUGUCUGAUUGCAGGUGCUGGGCACUGGGGCUGAGCGCAGGAGCCCCGCUGUGCCACGUUCCUUUUACGUGAACCCUGCAGUGAAGGACAGGGAGCAGAGAAGACAGAGCCGGGCACAACUCCGAGAUGCACGGUGCAAGGAGCAGCAGCAGGCAGGAGCUAAUACAUGGGACGUGCAGGUUAGGUGUAAUGGAGAAGCUUCUUCACCCUGAGCACAGCCAAACACUGAAUAGCUUAUCCACAGAGGCAGGGUGAUCUCCCCCCUGCCUAAAGGUAGCCCUGCCCUGAGGUGGGAGCUGGGGGUCCCUGUCCCUGUGCUGUGCUACGUGAAGUGAGGGGCAGAGGCUCCAAUCCUGCCCAUGCAUUACCAUUGUAUUUUCAUUUGCCAGUGACAGACCUGUGACGUAGCAUCUUGUCUGCAGCGAUCUGUGGAGAGGCUGGCUGCUUAGCAUGACUGACUGCAGCAGCCUGCGUUCCUUGGACUAAGCCAAGCUAUAUUUCUGUUAGACUUGUAUUUUGUUUUGAAGAAUUAUCGUGUAACAAUGGGCAGCUGUAACAGGCUGCCUAGUUCAUAUCAGUUAAGCUUUUUGAAACAUAUUCAGGUAUCAUUUAAGUACUGCUGUGUAACUCCUCGUUUAACCUGACAUACUCUGAGUUAAUCGUGUUUCUGCAGUUGUCUAUGUCAGUACUUUAAAACAAAUCAGUGUAUUGUUUUUUGCAGACUGUCAGUUAUGUUAAGCUUCCAACUUUACGUAGGUUUUGUACUUAACCCCCCUCAGUUUUACAGUUAAACGUCUUCAUUAUUUUUAUUAUUAAUUGAGUGAAUCUUAUUUAUUUAAACCUUCCUGUUACAUUUGCAGUCAGACCCAGUACCAUUGGCCACGGCCCAUGAAACUGUGAAACUAAUUGUAAAGUAAAAAUGAAGCUAGAUUGGUGAAUUACUCAUGGUUAUAAAAUACAGUGAGUAGCCAGCAUCAGAAUAGGAAUAAAACUGCUGGGGCUGGAGGAGGAAUCAUGAAACUACAGCUGCUCUGUGGGAACAUCACCUGGAGAUGUUUCUGCACCAGUUCCCCAUUAGGCCAAGUUCAGGAGCUGUCUUGAGACAGAGAGUUUUGUCUGGGGUCUGCGUGCUAGUCGGUGUGCUGCAGGCAUUGGUUUGGUAUGGGUGCUCUGUGAUGCCAUUUCCUUAGUGCUAACACAUCUGAGGAAACUCUGGAUUACUGUGAAGCUUCUAUUUAAUGCUCCAUUGUAUGGGAGUUGGUAUCUGAACAACCGUUGGUUUGACAGAGGUGAGGGCUGAGACAGCAACUGUGUGACACUAACAAAACGGGAUGGUGCAAUUCUCUGAAGGACAGCUCUGGUUUUGGCCCAGCGUGUGCUUGGGGAGCAGUGGAGCUGCUGUCCAUUCGGCCCCUGGCAUAAGGCAAACGCCUGUUGGCUCCCCGAAUUUUGCGCCUGGGGAAGAAGCUCUGUUGGCAAAGAGCAAGUGCCAGAGAGAUAUUUGAAAGUGCAAGGGAAUGCUGUCAUUAGAUAACACACGCUUCUUGUGUAUGUAGAACUGCUGCUGGUUAGGAU